UUCUCUCCAACCAGCCCCCCUCGUCGAGCCACCCGAGUCCCUUGAACUUUCCCUGGGAGACUCUCGCACCAAGCACUAGCGCCCGGAAAGCGGCACCCCGGAGCCUGCUCAGCAGCAGCCUCCCGCCCACGCUCCCUCAGCCAUUCACCCCCCACGCCCUCUCUCCAGACAGUCACACAGCCCACGGCGUCCCGCCAUCUCACUACAGCCCCCCCACCCCAGAGCCGCCCCCUCAGCCCUCCUCUCCCCGCCCGCCUCCCCCCCCCCGAGCACUCUCCCCCCACCAUUAUCCCAGCCCCCCAAACACCCCCCCCGCCCGCUUCCCCCCAGCGCAAACUCCCUCUGCCCGCCCCCAGCCACACCGCUCCUCUCCGCACACGCGACCACCGAGAGCCGCAGCAGCUUGGGGCUGGCCAAAGCCCGCCCGCCGCCGGAUGCUCCGCUUGCCCGGCUGGCGCUGAGCUCUGCCGGCUCCUGCCCGCCACAAAGGAGGGAAGAAUCCCGAGGAAGCGACGCGACUCCCGCGGGGAAGGAGCCGGGCAGCGGGUCUGUCCGGAUGCGGUGAGCGCCGCGUCGCCUCCUGUGCUGCCUUAGCGGAAGGAAGGAGAGAGAGAGAAGCAGGGAUCGGGCACCAUGGGCUGCUGCACCGGGCGCUGCACGCUGAUCUUCCUCUGCGCGCUGCAGCUGCUGGCUGCAUUAGAGAGGCAGAUCUUUGACUUUCUUGGCUUCCAGUGGGCUCCUAUUCUUGGCAAUUUUCUACAAAUAAUAAUUGUCAUAUUGGGUUUGUUUGGAACCAUCCAAUUUAGGCCUCGAUACAUAGUUGUGUACACGGUGUGGACUGCUCUCUGGGUCACCUGGAAUGUUUUCAUUAUCUGCUUCUAUUUGGAAGUAGGCGGGCUUUCUAAGGAAACUGAUCUCAUGACCUUUAACAUUUCAAUGCACCGUUCCUGGUGGCGAGAGCAUGGGCCAGGCUGCAUACGGAGAGUGGUGCGCCCUUCAGCCCCUGGGAUCCUAGACGAUUACUCUUAUGUCUCUGUGACGGGCUGCAUCAUUGACUUCCAGUAUCUCGAGGUCAUUCACAGCGCCAUCCAAAUAUUACUGUCUUUGAUUGGUUUUGUGUAUGCCUGUUACGUGAUCAGUGUUUUCAUGGAAGAAGAGGACAGCUUUGAUUUCAUAGGUGGACUUGACACAUACUGCUAUCGGCAACCCCCCCUGGAACAUGUUGAGUUAAAGCCUGUAAAGCCUGUGAAUGUACUUUGUCUGAGUACUGAAUAAAAGGUCGAACUAAGUAAUGAACAUUGACUCAGCACUGCUGCUGUUGCUGAAGAAGCAGCCUUCAGAAGAAAAGACCAACGUUGUGAACCGUUGUCACAGAAGUGACACGUCCUAUAUUUCUCACCGAGUGUGUGGAUUGCUCUUCCCACAUGGGACUGAAUCCUUCAGUCACAGCCUCAGUAUCAUUAUCAUCAUCGCCAUUAGAUGGAUACUUGUAGAUGAUCUUGGAUUUUUUAAAUUAUUUACUUAUAUGGACACUUGUAAAUUGUAAAUUGUUUUUUUUUUUUAAUUUUGUUUUUUACAAUACCUAGUGUUAAGGCAUGAAAACAAAUCAACCUGUGAAAAUUAUGAGAGAAGAAUGUGUGUUUCUCAAGAAACUCAGUAGUUCUGGACUGAUACAGUCAUACUGUGCCUGGCAAAGAUAGUGUUGGAAAAUGAUAAUAUGACUCCAGAAUACAUGUCAGGGAUCAGACACCUAUAGUGUAAUAUGGACUGGCUUCAAUAAUGUAUCAGACAUUCACAAAGACUGCACCUAAUGUUGGUUAAGCUACUGUAUGUUGUAGAAACUGAUAAAUAAUUCUUCUUUUCCAGAUGUCCUAAUUACCAACGUGCUUGUCUAAAUAUUCUAAUUCAUAUAUGGUUUCUUCUCCCUCUUUUUGUCUCCUCCCCUGCACCCACAAACAGUAGUUGUCUGUGAGUUGAAGAGAAGUGAAAUGGAUGUUCUCUGUUGCUGUCAGUCUCCAAGAACCCUUAAACGCAGGGCUCUAUUAGAUGUCUGUAAUUUGCACAUUUUUUUUACUCUUUUCCCCUCUUCCCAGGAAGAAGCCAAGCAUGAAUGUACAAUAUAGGCACCGUCUACAGCCUUAGGAGUCUCUGGGGUGAAUUUUGUUCUUAAUUUAAAAGUAAACGAGAAGAUCUGGAUAUGAAAAUGUGUAUAAAAGUUUGUAAAGUUUUCUGUAAAUACUUAUAGAAAAAGGACAUGUAUGUAACUGUGCGGCAUUUUGUUUUAUAUUCAGUCACCACCAGUAUAAAAAGAAAAGUCAUCCACAAAAGCUAUUUUCUGUGGGGAGUUCGCAGUCUUUCUAACAAGACGUUUUUCAUAAUUUCUUUUUUAUGAAUUACUAUUUCAAAUAUUGCACAUGAUACAAGCCCAAGAGAAUGAAGUCUUCUGUCUCUUCAUGGAACCAGUACUCCCUCGGCAGCAGCAUCACAAGCUUCCUCAGAAAGGUCUGCCAAUCAGAAGAAAAACCUGUAGGGCUGUGAGAGUACUUCCAUCUUUGUGCUUACUAAGUUUGUUACUUCUUUGAUGAAACUGUCAGAAGAGAUGGUAUUUGUGAUGUGCACACCUGCACGUGUCCAUUAGGAACUGGACUGAGGCCACCAAGUUCUUUCAUAUAAGCCACAAAGAGUCUUUAGAUGCUAAUGACUUCUGGUCCAUCAUCAAUGGGCUGAGGCAUACAGUACAUCAACUAAUUGUCUUCUGUGAAGCUUACUUCACUUGCAUUUUCUGUUAUUGACAGAUUACAACUAGACUAAGGCUUGCCUUGGUUCUUUACAUUGGAAAUUAUAUUUGUGCUAUUUACCAACAAGAACCUAAUCAAAAAGUCAGCAAACACAAUGCUGUCCAUCAUUUUUAGAUUGUUGAGAACAGAGGGUCUUGUGGUGCUUGCCCCUUUUUCACAUUCAGCUCAACCAAAGACCACACCGUCUUUUGUGAAGAAAUAGAUCUUGCCGUAAUUUCACGUAGGCCACUUUUUCCAGGAAACUAUGUAUGAAACAACUGCCAAGCCAAUAACAAGCAAGUAUGACAAUGCAAUAAAAUCACUUGUCAGUAUUUUCUAUGACUAGGUAGUACAGGACAAUAUGCACCGCUAGAAGUCAAACAGUGCCAAAAAAGGGGAUACUUUGUGCAAAAGAUAAUACCACACUUCUCUGAGUCUCUGUGUUCCUCUGUUGUUCCCUGCUGCACCCUUAUGCCAGAUAUUUGGUCUGCCCUGUCUUGAAGUCCUAGUCUUCUGAGAAUGUCAAAAAUGGGUAUUUUGUCAAAAAACUAAUAUGAGAACAGUCAUUUUUGAGAUACCACAGCUGGACCUCAGAAGAUCAAACUGCAGAACAGUUAAUAUUUGUAAAUCACUUAUAUUUGAAAAAAAAAUGCCCCUCUGUAGGUUUUAUUUUUUUAGUGUGUAGUCGUGCACAUGAUUUAGUUUCUUAUACAUACAGCCUUACAUAACAACCUAUAAGAAUAUGAUACAGCUAACAGAUGCCUACAGCUUUCUCUUAUCUAUGUCAGUGCAUUUCAGAGUCGAGGGUUUUUUUGAAAAGUUUUGUUAAAACUUGUUUAUGUGCCUGAAAACUCCACUUUUCCCUGCUCCACAUAUAUAGGGGUGUUCAGCACAUAUUCCAGCAGUUCCUCCCUGCUGCCGGAGCCUUUGCCCGUGCCAGGGAGCAGUGGGAACUGCUUUUCACUGCGGUGUUUAGCUACACAUAUCCAACAGGCCACCAGCAGUGUAGUCAAGGCCACACCUUUGACUGCAGUGUAGACAUACCCUCCAAUUGCUACAUUUAUCUCCUACCGUAAGUGAAGGGAAAAGCUGGUCAUCUCAAAUACCAACAGUAGCAAACUCUGACUUUUUAAUGGCAAGCACUGUGUGCUUCUCUGAGCCAGGCUGUUUAAUUUCCUUUCACUUUAGAUUUAUCUGAUUUAAAAAAACCAACCCAGCAAUCUAUCAAGGUCCCAUAACAGUGUUUGACAGUGGCAAACAAAAAUUGACAUCCCAAACUAAUUGGCUUGCCUCCUUCUAGAAUCAGUCUCAUUUAGUUUAAUUAUAAUAAAUUACAAGCUGGGAGCUGUUUUGUGCAGUGAAUAAGUUUUCUUCCAACACAGUAAAACACUCUAUUUAUAUACCCCGUUUCUACAUACCUUCUUUGAGAAACCACUUUAGCUCUUAUCCAGCAUAUAAAACCUUUGGCCAGAAACCACUUGUUUAAAAGUCUUCACUCCAGAUGGUUUGCAGUGUUUUUAUAAUUGUCAUAGUCCCAAAAUAUUAGAAAGGCAAGGUGGACAAGGUAAUAUCUUUUAUUGGCCCAACUUUUGUUGGUGAAGAAGAGCUCUGUGUAGCUCAAAAGCUUGUCUCUUUCACCAAGAGAAGUUGGUCCAGUGGAAGAUGCUACCUCACCCACAUUGUCUCCAGACCCUCAUUCAUCAUUUACAUAUUUGGGGUGAGACCCUGCAAAGUUCUCAGCACUCUCAAAUCUCAGUGAAGUCAAUGGAAGUUAAUGGCAGUCAGCCAUUCAUGUCUUCCUUGUGCAUGUCUUUGCCAUAAUUUACUGCCUGGUGGCAAACCUUUUUAUCUACCUUAAUAAUACUAAUUAGUACUUAUUUGCAGAUAAACUCCAAUUAUCAAUAACUUAAAAAUUUUGAAAGACCUAAAAUUCAGAAAUAUCUCCUGGAAUCAGAAUUUUGUUUUUCCAAAAUUCUGAUCUUCUGAUAUAUCCCCCCAUAGUAUAUUAAUCAUUGUAGCGCUGUGAAUUCCCAAGUGUAGCCAAGGCCAGAGUGAGACAGAUAGGGGGGUAACAGAAAGCAAAGCAUCUGGGCUGGAAAAAACAGUAAUAAAGGAUCAAAUUAAUCUCAGGUGUAACUCCAGUGAAGUCACAGGGGUUAUAAAGGGAUGAAUUUGGCCCCGGGCAUCUUGUGCGCCUUCUAACUGCAUAGAUAUUUGUAUUGAUUGUUAUUUGACAGCCUUUUCUAAGGUGUGCUCUUUACCUCACUGUUUGGCUGACUGUUUACAUUUGUACUUCUCACUGUAAUUUCUGUUUCUUGCAUGUCCAUUAUGUGUAAUGUUUAUGUUUAUGAGGCUCUUUAUUUUUAAACAAAUGAAACAUCUGGAUCUAAUCCAUACUCCCCAACUUUCACUUGCAUCUGCUCAUCAGUUCCGCUUAGCAUGACAGGAGAGCAUGUGAAGUGCUUCCUUGUUGUAGGCCUUCAGGGAAUAAUUGCCAUUGCAUGUCUGUUGCCAUUCAAGACUAGCACCAUAAUUGGGAGCUAGUACCUCUAAAUAACAGCGAUGGCCCAAACACUGCUGAGAAGCCACUGAUGUUCUCACUGUAUUGCUGGCGCCACAAAGAAUUAUUGAACAGUGUAACUGACGUCACAAUGCAUGAGCUGUUUUUCCACAGUUCCCUAGUUACUUAAUUCCAAUUGUACAAAGGCAUGUUUUUGGACACAUGUAGCCCAGGCUAAACCCACUGAAGUUGUUAGAGUUACACCUGAGAUUAAUUUGGCCCAAAGACACUACCAUUAACCUAUUCCCAGUUGUUACAGGGAACUAGUGUACCCAAUCAAUUCAUGUGGUAUCAUGUUGAUGGAGGGGUGACAGCAUUUGCUAGCAUGUGACAUGUUUGAAGUGAAAAGCAUGUUAUAUUGUUAAGCCAAUCGCUUCAUAUGGGGAAUAAAUCAGUGGAAAUGUUGGCUCAUCAUUAAGUUAAAAAAGGAUAUAUUUUGCUUACUGCUACAGAGUGAUUACAUGAAAUCGCCCGUGCUGCAGUAUCUGUAGCCAAAACCAAUGCACUGCAGUGAAGAAUUCAGUCCUGUGUGCUGGGGCAAAUUCAGCCAACAAAUCAUUUAAGCAACCACAUUAUGAUAUUAGUAACUCAUGCUAAAAACUUAGGUGCAUUUAUACCAUCUGUACACUCCCCUGAUCCUCCGGUCUACCAGAGCCCCCAGCAUAAAUCAGAGCAGACUCAGUUGCCCUAAGAGUUUAGACCUGAAAGAGAUGAAAUCUGUGGAGUGUAGAUGGACCCUAUGUCAGUGGGCACAGGAGGGUCUGGCUCAGGAUUCUUCUGCACAGAGGGAAUCCUCAGCUGAUGCUUUGAGGGAGCUUUAAUUUCCCCUUGCACCACUCUGGUAUGGUAUGCUCCAGCAGUGCAAAGGGGACUUAAAAAGGGAUGAGGACCUGGCCCAAUGUACCGGUGACCAGUAAAAUGACACGCAUGGCUUAGUGUAGUCCAUUGGUUUCUAGAUCUAGCAUCCAUCACCAGUGAGUAACCUACACUUACAGGAUAUCCUUGAAUGCUGAAUUUUAUGUUUGGCGUCUCUGAGAUCCAGGCCUUGUUUAUUCCAGCUAGCCAAAGGCGUAAGCUGCUCUCAGGAAAUGAGUUUCUGACACAUGAUGGUAAAAUAUAAAUUUGAUGUUCCAGCUCAAGUUGUCCCUGUUCUGGUUAAACCCCACUUCAAUCCCAUUUUUAAUCUCACCAGAUAGGAGCCUGCUGCAUAAGAUUGUUUGCUGCAGUUAAAAAAAUACACACACAAAACUGAAUCUUUCAAAUUGUUGUUAAUUAUGGUGUGUGUUUGUGUGUGUGUUUUUAACACGGCCUUGGUCCAAGAAUUUCAGUGGCCAAGUAAUGACUAUAAAUUAUAAUAUGGAAAGGUGUAUGAGCGACAGAACAACGGUUUGCUUGCUGUUACACUGUACUAACUGUGCCAUCUCAUGGCUAAUACCAGAAGUACCUACAGCACUGUGUAUGUAUAUAAUGCAGACAGGGUUCUGUCAGUUCAUAACACACGGUGGAAGCUUUUGUUCUUGCACUGCCUGCUUAAGGCAGAAAUACAACAAAAUGUGUAUUGCUCAUUUUGACAAUGGAACUUGUUGAGUUUUAUAGUAAAUAUAUUGUCAAUGUGAUGUUUUAUUCCAGUCUGAAUUUAUACUGUCCCAUAAAAAUAUUCACUGUGGAGUACA